UCAUGCUCCCCCUCAACCACGCAGACACUCCUCCUGUGAGCAUUUGUGAGGCAGCUCCUGUCCCUUAUGUCUCUUUGUGGGGGAACAGAACAGACUUCCCAGAGCGCCACUGGAAUCAACACAGACCUCCAGGGAGAACACCCCAGGUGCAGACCUCCAUGCAACCCCAGCCUCAACUAUAGUGGACGCAAAGGUAAAGACGCAGGGAGAAGAGACGUAGACCUACUCAAGGUGGAGUAAAACACUCAGAGGGUCCAGAAGAGGAGGUGGAACUUAACAACUAGACAAGCCAAGAAGUCAGCUUUGAGUUGAAGCCGAUAUGGACAGCAGAUCAAAAUCUACAACGCUGGACUGGAUUGCUAUGAAAAAGGUGGAGUCUUGAUUUGAGCUCUUAGUUUUUCAGUAAAAAAAGUUUUGUCCAAGAAGAAUCUAUAAGGCAGUUGAUUUAGAGCUUUUAAAAGGACAAAAGCAAUAUUUGAAAAACAUACAAACUAAGCAAACAUCCGUAGUAUGUAUUUUUUUUAUAUUUGCAUCCAUCUUCAGUGCAUUUUCCAAAUAUUCAUUUGUGGUAUGAAAUUAAGAUGCUCUUUAAAGAACAUCAUGAAUGGUCCCAACAGGGCUCUUAAUUCACCAGCCAGGCGUUUAUCUUAUUUCUCCAGCUCAUUCUGAGAGGGAGCAUUAAAGAAUUCAUUGAUAGUGCUCUUGGGGAUCGGGUGAUAAUUCUUAUAUGAACACUUGAAACUUUGCAGCUGUUCACUGGAAGAAAAGAACAGUGGCCAAUAUUUAAGAGAAUGAUGUUACACUGUUUUCUAUGUGGGAAAAAUGUGUGUCUGGACUAGCAUCGCAGUGGAGUAUUGAGCACAGCAAAAAUGUUCACAGGUUGUGGAGUGGUUGCUGGCCAAACCCAAUACCUACCCAAAGACGCUGUCAGGCCUCUCACCGGUCUGAUGGUGACUCGAUCGAACCCAGCGGAGAAUGGGGUUACAGCAGGCACCUGUCCGGGCUACCAUGCGCAAACGUACAGCCCUUCUGUUCAGCCAGCAGUGGUUAAUGACUCCAUCCCGCUGAAGCCUCCACCAGCACCAGCGCCGCCCCGCGCACUCAAACUCGGGCAGGAAGGCUUCAAGAAAGUUUGCCGAACCGAGGAAGACAGCCCCUGCCCCUUUCCUGGACUGGCUUCUGGGGUCCUGGAGAUGCGUGUGAAGGAAGGAAGUAAGAUACGUAACCUAAUGGGAUUUGCCAUGGCACGGAUGCAGGGCGGGGAGGGUGUAAACGCAGCAGGCAUGAGCGGUGGUGGGCUCAGGCAGGUGGUCUUCACGGGGUCGGGCCGUGCAGUCACAAAGACCAUCACCUGUGCUGAGAUCAUGAAAAGGAAAGUGGGCUCCCUGCACCAGCUGACAAAACUGCGGUACAAGGUGGUGAAAGAGGUGUGGGAGAGUACUGAAGGGGGGGCAUCAGAAAUGACUGUGCACAGGACUGUGCCUUCCAUCAGUAUCCUUCUUUCCAAAGACCCCCUGGAUCCCCAGGAACCGGGAUAUCAGCCUCCAGAGACUCUAAGUGCAUUGUGGGAGGAGAAAGAAGGAGUCGACUCUGCCUCGCAGACCGCAUGCAAGAGACCUCUUGGACCUUUGCCAUACAGCGGUGUCGCUCACUGUAAGAAAGUGUGUUUGGGCGAAGGACUUUCAGUCGUCCCUCCUCAAUGACUGGCGGAACUAGUGUCAAACAGUGAAGAGGAUUGAAUCAGACGAGUUCAUCUGGCGCUGCCCUCCACCGAAGCACAGUGCUGAGACAAUCAGAACAUUCACUCAGACAGAACAGUGUUUUCUCAGAAGAACUGAGUAGCAAUUCUAGCCUCCACAGUUCAGUUUGACUGAGACCGUAAAGCUUGCUUCUGUACAUACAGUACAUACAAUAUUUAGGGGAUGUGUUACUUGGCGCGUCCAAAAUGGUCUUUCACAAAACUAUGAUGCAUAU